AUUACUCCUGUCAGUGCCGAUUUCAAAUGGGAACAAACGGAACCUUAUCCCUACAGACCUUUUAAAAAAGGCCCUUACAACAUGACUUUGGCACUCAAGAAACUUGAUCCAAAUGACUAUAUUACUUUGGAAAACACUUACUUAGACCGAAUUGCAUUGAGAGAGAAGUUAUUUGAUGAGACCCAAUUUUAUGCAUGUGAUGAUUCCGCUGUUGGUGCUUUAAAGGAGAUGUACAGGUUCAUUUUUGACUUCCUAGUGAAAAAAUAUCCACAAUAUUUUGUGCUUACCGAGAAAGAGACGUUGAUACACAACACAAUAACGGGAAAGUUUUUUUCUUCUGAUCCGGCAGACAUGAAGAAAGAAGAAAUUCUUAGACUAAUCGCAACAAACAUCGAGGAGGACAUGCUAAUUAUGCUCAAAAAUCCUAGUACUGGCCAACUUGACGAGUACAUUUUACGUUCCUUCAUUACAUUGAUGCCGGCUGGCUUUAAUCCAAUGGAAAAGCUUAACAAGUCCUUGACUGCGAUUCAUGGACCUGUUCCUGGUUACCUUCAAAAGUUGCAGAUUUCAAUGAAUAAGUUUUUUUCUAGAGUUCAACCUCAUGAGUUCAUUGUUCGUCAAAACUGGUCACUCCAGACUCACUCCAACUUAUGUGCACCUAAAGGCUCUCACGCAACAAAAGAGGAAGCAGAAAAGCUACACCCUCUUUUUCCAAAUGAUUUAGACUUCAACAAAUGUUUCUUCAGGGUCGAGAAGCAGUGCGUCACAAGGUUACCCGAAUCAGGCGCUAUUAUGAUGAUAGUAAGAACCUACACAACUUCGUUAAUGGAUCUCAGAGCAGAUCUCAGCGAAGAACAGAAGGACAUAAUGUGCAGUGCUAUUGAUGGAAUCAGUGGUGACCUUGCACUAUAUAAAAGAAGAGUUAUUUGGGGUGACGCAGCUAAAAGCUUUAUUCGUGGUGAGAGCAAUGGUUCCCAACCUAUUCCUAGAAAACAUGUAUUUGUUCAUUGAGCAUAUUAUGAAGAUUGUAUAAAAUAGUUGAAAAAAUG